AUGCAGACCUUUCUAAAUAUUUUUCUGGGAUUCUUUAUCUUUGAGUCUGUUGGAGCUGCACCUGUAACUGAUAAUAUAAUUUAUGAUUCCGAGUUCUAUGACAUACCAAUUGGAGAGAUGCCUCAGGCAUUUGUCUAUGAUGAAAAUGAGCAGUCUGACCAAUUAGAGAUAGAGACUGGGACAGCACUACCUUCUAUAAUUCAAGAGAAUUAUUAUUCUGCACCAUUGAGUGAUGAACUUGAAGAGGAAGCAUCAACACCAAAAUUAAUUGAUGGGUCUUCAGCACAGGGGUCUGGGGUUCUUGGACCCCAAACUCAAGAUGGCCUUCCUACUUGCCUUUUGUGUACAUGCCUAGGAACGACAGUCUACUGUGAUGAUCGUGAACUUUAUGCUGUUCCACCAUUGCCUAAGAAAACCAUGUAUUUCUACUCACGCUACAACAGAAUCAGAAAGAUCAACAGAAAUGACUUUGCUAACUUAAACAAUUUAAAGAGGAUUGAUUUGUCUGCAAACUUUAUAUCAGAGAUUCAUGAAGAUGCCUUCUGGAGGUUGCCCCAACUUCAGGAGUUGGUGCUUCGUGAUAAUAGGAUAAGGAGACUCCCUGAAUUACCAUUUACCUUAACAUUCAUUGACGUUAGUAAGAACAGACUUGGUCGCAAAGGAAUACGUAAUGAGGCAUUUAAAGAUCUACAUGAACUGCAGCAUCUUUACAUCACUGACAAUAACCUGGAUCACAUUCCACUGCCCCUCCCUGAAAGCCUCCAAGCUCUUCAUCUUCAGAACAACAACAUUCAAGAGAUGCAUGAAGACACUUUCUGCAAAAUUAAAGAUUUUACUUAUGUACGUAGGGCUCUUGAAGACAUCAGACUGGAUGGUAAUCCCAUCAACCUGAGCAGAACCCCUUAUGCAUACAUGUGUCUACCCCGUUUGCCAGUUGGCAACCUCAUUUAAGCUUUGACAGAAGCCAAUAUUGUAAACUAUAAGAAUUUUUAAAGAAAAAUUAUUAGCUCACUGAUACACAAAGGAAGAUGUUUUUUUUCCAAAUUUCAUUAAUUUAGUAAAUAUUUCUAUUAAUAAUGAAAUCAAUUACUGAGAUAUAAAGAAUAAUAUUAAAUGCUUAAAGACAGCUCCAUUAUCUACCCAACUGCA